AUGCGGGGCUCCGGGCCCCGCGGUGCGGGACGCCGACGGACCCAGGGCAGAGGUGGCGGCGACGACAUCCCCCGCAUCCCUGUCUCUCUGGCAGGCUGCUAUUCUGCACCUCUUAAGGGUCCCCUCUGGACGUGCCUCCUCUUGUGUGCGGCGCUCCGGACCCUUCUGGCCAGCCCCAGCAAUGAAGUGAAUUUAUUGGAUUCACGCACUGUCAUGGGGGACCUUGGAUGGAUUGCUUUUCCAAAAAAUGGGUGGGAAGAGAUCGGCGAAGUUGAUGAAAACUAUGCCCCUAUCCACACAUACCAAGUAUGCAGAGUUAUGGAACAGAAUCAGAACAAUUGGCUGUUGACAAGUUGGAUAUCCAAUGAAGGUGCUUCCAGAAUCUUUAUUGAACUCAAAUUUACUCUAAGGGAUUGCAACAGCCUUCCUGGAGGAUUGGGCACUUGUAAGGAGACAUUUAACAUGUAUUAUUUUGAAUCCGAUGAUGAGAAUGGAAGGAAGGUUAAAGAGAAUCAAUACAUCAAGAUUGAUACCAUUGCUGCUGAUGAGAGCUUUACAGAACUAGAUCUUGGAGACCGUGUCAUGAAACUCAAUACGGAGGUCAGAGAUGUAGGACCUCUGAGUAAAAAGGGAUUUUAUCUCGCUUUCCAAGAUGUCGGUGCUUGCAUUGCUCUGGUUUCCGUGCGUGUGUACUAUAAGAAAUGUCCUUCUGUGGUAAGACACUUGGCUGUCUUCCCUGACACCAUCACUGGAGCUGAUUCUUCACAGUUGUUAGAGGUGUCAGGUUCCUGUGUCAACCAUUCUGUGACAGAUGAUCCUCCCAAAAUGCACUGCAGUGCUGAAGGAGAGUGGCUGGUUCCCAUUGGGAAAUGCAUGUGCAAGGCGGGAUAUGAAGAGAAAAAUGGCACCUGCCAAGUGUGCAGACCUGGGUUCUUCAAAGCUUCUCCUCACAGCCAGAGCUGCAGCAAAUGUCCACCUCACAGUUACACCCAUGAGGAAGCUUCCACCUCUUGUGUCUGUGAAAAGGAUUAUUUCAGGAGGGAAUCUGAUCCGCCCACAAUGGCAUGCACAAGACCCCCCUCAGCUCCUCGGAAUGCCAUCUCAAAUGUUAAUGAAACUAGUGUCUUUCUGGAGUGGAUUCCGCCUGCUGACACUGGUGGACGGAAAGAUGUGUCAUAUUAUAUUGCAUGCAAGAAGUGCAACUCCCAUGCAGGGGUGUGUGAGGAGUGUGGAGAUCAUGUCAGGUACCUCCCCCAGCAAAUCGGCCUGACAAAUACCUCUGUCAUGAUGGUGGACCUUCUUGCUCACACAAACUAUACCUUUGAAAUUGGGGCAGUGAAUGGAGUUUCCGACUUGAGCCCAGAGACCCAGCAGUAUGUGUCUGUAAAUGUAACCACGAAUCAAGCAGCUCCCUCGCCGGUCACCAACGUGAAAAGGGGAAAGAUUGCAAAGAACAGCAUCUCUUUGUCUUGGCAAGAGCCAGAUCGCCCCAAUGGCAUCAUCCUGGAAUAUGAAAUAAAGUACUUUGAAAAGGACCAAGAGACCAGCUACACAAUUAUCAAGUCUAAAGAGACCACUAUUACUGCAGAGGGCCUGAAGCCUGCGUCUGUGUAUGUCUUCCAAAUUCGAGCACGAACAGCAGCAGGCUACGGUGCCUUCAGUCGAAGAUUUGAGUUUGAAACCACACCAGUGUCAGUAGCAGCAUCCAAUGAUCAAAGCCAGAUUCCCAUCAUUGCAGUGUCGGUGACGGUGGGAGUCAUCUUGUUGGCAGUGAUGAUUGGCUUCCUCCUCAGUGGCAGUUGCUGCGAGUGUGGCUGUGGACGGGCUUCUUCCCUGUGCGCUGUUGCCCAUCCAAGCCUAAUAUGGCGGUGUGGCUACAGCAAAGCCAAGCAGGAUCCAGAAGAGGAAAAGAUGCACUUUCAUAAUGGGCACAUUAAACUGCCGGGGGUCAGAACCUACAUUGAUCCGCACACCUAUGAAGAUCCCAAUCAAGCUGUCCACGAAUUUGCUAAGGAGAUCGAAGCUUCAUGCAUCACCAUUGAGAGAGUCAUUGGAGCAGGUGAAUUUGGUGAAGUUUGUAGCGGGCGUUUGAAACUACCAGGAAAAAGAGAAUUACCUGUGGCUAUCAAAACUCUUAAAGUAGGGUAUACUGAGAAGCAGCGCAGAGAUUUCCUGGGUGAAGCAAGUAUCAUGGGACAGUUUGAUCAUCCGAACAUCAUCCAUCUAGAAGGUGUUGUGACCAAAAGCAAACCUGUGAUGAUAGUGACAGAGUAUAUGGAGAACGGUUCCUUGGACACAUUUUUAAAGAAAAACGAUGGCCAGUUCACUGUGAUUCAGCUUGUUGGCAUGCUGAGAGGCAUCGCUGCAGGAAUGAAGUACCUCUCUGACAUGGGCUACGUGCAUAGAGACCUUGCUGCGAGGAACAUCUUAAUCAACAGUAACCUUGUGUGCAAAGUAUCUGACUUUGGGCUUUCUAGGGUACUGGAAGAUGAUCCUGAGGCAGCCUACACCACAAGGGGAGGCAAAAUUCCAAUCAGAUGGACUGCCCCAGAAGCAAUAGCUUUUCGAAAGUUCACUUCUGCCAGUGAUGUCUGGAGCUAUGGAAUCGUUAUGUGGGAAGUUGUAUCUUAUGGGGAGAGACCCUACUGGGAGAUGACCAAUCAGGAUGUGAUCAAAGCAGUGGAAGAAGGCUACCGCCUGCCAAGCCCCAUGGAUUGUCCUGCUGCUCUCUAUCAAUUAAUGCUGGAUUGCUGGCAAAAAGAUCGAAAUAGCAGGCCCAAGUUUGAUGAAAUCGUCAACAUGCUGGACAAGCUGAUACGAAACCCGAGUAGUCUGAAGACACUGGUUAAUGCAUCAAGCAGGGUAUCUACUUUGUUGGCUGAGCAUGGUUCUCUGGGGUCAGGGGCCUACAGAUCAGUAGGUGAAUGGCUGGAAGCAAUCAAGAUGGGCCGGUAUACAGAAAUUUUCAUGGAAAAUGGAUACAGUUCAAUGGACGCUGUGGCUCAGGUGACCUUGGAGGACUUGAGGCGCCUGGGAGUGACUCUGGUCGGUCACCAGAAGAAGAUCAUGAGCAGCCUUCAAGAGAUGAAGGUGCAGCUGGUAAAUGGGAUGGUGCCAGUGUGA